AUGGGUGCAAAAAUUCUACAGGGGGAAGGGGAACACCCAGAAGUCGUGGUCCAUGUUAGGGUUCAUGACAUAGGAGGGAAAAAAAGGAAAGAGAUCCUACAAGGAGAGUAUCAGAAGCUAGUUAUGAUCGAAGCGUCAGCAGAGAAUGUGUUGCAACAGGAUUUUUGUCAUGCCGUCAAAAUGGGUGUAAAGCACACACAACAGGUCAUACUGGCCAUUCAGCAGCUCGCAAAAGAUCACGGGAAUGUCAAACGGACCCCUCAGAAGCUCUUUACACCCACCACAGAGGCAGUAGAAUAUGCAAGACAGCUUGCUUCUGAGAAGGUGCAUGCGGUCUUUUCAGAUUUCAGCCAUGACAAAAUUUCAAGAGAUGAAGCCAUUAACAAAAUCAGACUUGAAACAGAAGAACAAUUAAGAGCAAAGAUUUCUGAGGCUGAUUCUUAUGAAAUAAUAGAGGCAUUUAAUGUCGUUUCCAAGGAGGUUUUCAGAAACAUCAUCAUGAAUGAAUACAGAAGGUGCGAUGGUAGAGACUUGACAUCUCUUAGGAACAUUAAUUGUGAGGUUGAUCUUUAUAAACCUCUUCAUGGAUCUGCAUUGUUUCAGAGGGGACAGACACAGGUUCUUUGUACGGUAACGUUUGAUUCACUAGAAUCUGGUGUGAAGUCUGAUCUGAUCACCACACUCAUAAGUGGAGUGAAGGAGAAAAAUUUCAUGUUGCAUUAUGAGUUUCCACCCUACGCAACAAAUGAGAUUGGAAAAUUAACUGGUCAGAAUAGGAGGGAGCUUGGUCAUGGUGCUCUUGCAGAAAAAGGACUGAAGCCCAUUAUUCCUAAAGAAUUUCCAUUUACGAUAAGAGUAACAGCAGAAGUUCUUGAAUCUAAUGGUUCAUCUUCUAUGGCUUCAGUAUGUGCUGGAAGUAUGGCGCUCAUGGAUGCAGGUGUUCCAACUUCAUCCGCUGUGGCUGGCGUAGCUAUUGGUCUUAUCACAAAACCAAACCAGGAGACGCCGACGGAAAUUGAAGAUUAUCGUCUUCUCACUGAUAUUUUGGGUAUUGAGGAUUACAAUGGAGAUAUGGACUUUAAGAUGGCAGGUACCAGCAAAGGAAUCACUGCUUUACAGGCAGAUAUUAAAAUUUCAGGAUUGCCUCUGAAAAUUGUGAUGGAAGCUAUACAGCAAGCUUCAGUUGCCAAGAAGGAAAUCUUAAACAUAAUGAAUAAAAAAAUUGCCAAACCCAGAGCAAGUAGGAAAGAAAAUGGGCCAGUAGUAGAAACUGUGCAGGUACCAUUGUCAAAAAGGGCAAGAUUUGUUGGCCCAGGAGGGUACAAUCUAAGGAAACUUCGGGCUGAAACAGGUGUUACGAUAUCUCAGAUAGAUGAGGAGACAUUCUCCGUGUUUGCACCAACUCCAAAUGCUAUGCAUGAAGCUAGUGAAUUCAUCAGUGAACUCUGCAAGGAUGAUCAAGAACAGCAGCUUGAAUUUGGAGCAGUUUACACUGCCACCAUAACUGAAAUACGGGAUAUAGGAGUUAUGGUGAAGCUAUAUCCUAAUAUGACUCCAGUUUUACUACAUAAUUCACAACUGGACCAAAGAAGGAUCAAGCAUCCCAGUGCCAUUGGACUAGAUGUUGGACAACAGAUUCAGGUGAAAUAUUUUGGCCGGGACCCCACAGAUGGAAGGAUGAGACUUUCCCGCAAAGUACUACAAUCUCUAGCUACAUCAGUAGUUAAAAACCUGAAUGAUAAAAACAGUAUUGUGAUAGGAACAAGCAAUUCUACAUCAUCCACAGCUUCCUCAUAGCUGUCUAGAGAUUAUUACAAGAAACAGUGAUGAAAAUUGAAUUAGGUAACUCCAAUAACUCUUUCAGCCAAAUAGACUUUUUAGUUAAAUAAAACAAGCUGGAAAUUAUUGUAAUAUAUUUUCUAUAUUAAUCAGGAGUGAAUAAAUCCAUUUUUGUAUACUGAUCUUUUCCUUGAUUGCUAUUGUAAUUGAGAAUGUGUUCUUCCUGUAAAACGUUUGAUGUAAUAAAAUAUUAAUGAUAUUGA